UAUUAUAUUUUCUCACAAAAUAUUACAUCAAAAUACUAAUAUUUAAAUAAAAACUCAAAUAAAAUUCAAGGUAUAACCAAACAAAUCUUUUGUGGUAUAUAUUGAAUUGUGGAUAUUAUUUUUAAGAGACCGGUACAAAAAAAGAAAAAAAGAAAAAGAAAAAGAGAAAAUACUAUUGUGAUGAAAAAUCUAAGUAAAAUAAAACAAAUACAUUUAUCUGGGAUGAAAGUAAGUCGAAAGAAAUUCAUCAUUGGCGAUUGUAAAUAGAUGAAAAUUUUUGACUAGAAAUUGAAAAAUAAUUAAACUUUUUUUUAAUCAAAUUUUUUAAACAUGAAAAAAAAAAAAUAAUAACAAUCUUGUAUUAUAGAGAUAAAAUUAUAAGUUUUAUAGUAUUGAUAACACAAAUUUUGGAUUAAAGUAACUUGAAUGAAAUUUACCUUUGCUAGUCCCAAAUCAAAAGGCCAUUUGAAAUGUUACAGUAGAUUAAUAAAUAAAAUAUUUUAUUAGUUAAUAAAAGUGUGUAAGAGGUUUUAACAUUUUUUAACUUUGACUUUAUGUAUAAAAGUAAUUAUAUGUGUAAUGAUAUAUUUAUAAUUUAAGUAAAAUUAAAAAUAUUUUGGUAUUAGUAUAUGAUUAUUAUUUCUAAAAUAGAAAAAUUAUAUAUUGAGGCGGGGCAAAUGAAAAUAGUAAAAAUAAUACUUUAAAUUGAGAAAAGUAGUAAAAAUUAGUGAGUAGAAAUUGAAAAAUAAUUAAACUUUUUUUAAAAAAUCAAAUUAACAUGAGCACAUUUAAGUGGACAAAUUGAAAAUGAUGCGAUCAUAUUCUUGUGAACAUAAGUAGCAUAAAUGUUACAAAAAAAAAAAGAUAUUUUAACUAUGUGUUUAGUUAUCACUUAAAUAAAAGUAUUAUUUAUUUUUAUAAAAUAGUAUAUCAAAAUAUUAUUUAAAUAAAAAAUUAAAUAAAUAAAAAAAUCCAAAGAACUUUAAUUUAAUAUAUGUAUUUUUAAAAAAUUGAAAAAUAAAUUAUUGUAGCACAUGUAUGUUCAGUAGGUAGGCUAGAGCUAGAUUUCAAAGUAUAAUAAAAAUAUGAGUAGUUAGUAGUUACUCCUAUUAUUUUCAGAUUAAAUUAUUAUUUCGAUUUUUCCACGUUCUACAAUUCAUUAAGUAUUAUAUUAUUUCCUAUCCUAUUAUAAAGGAGCAACCAAUGCAAAUUAAUUGAAAGUAUCCUUAAAAGAAAUAAUAAUAAUAAUAAUAAAUGGGAGCACAAAACCUGUCACAAUACGACGUCGCAUUGCUCAACUCAAUUCAAAAUUACCUCCUCUGCGAGGACGCCGAUCGCCGGCGAGAAUACCCCUUUGAUGCGACCGUCGAAUCGCCGGACGGUGACGAAUCGAGCCUGUCGGGAGCUACGGUGGAGCGGUGCAGCAGUGAGGAUACUCCGACGGUGGAGUGGAAGCGGUACAGAGGUGUGAGGCGGCGGCCGUGGGGGAAGUUCGCGGCGGAGAUUAGGGUUCCGGGGAAGAAAAGCGCGAGGACGUGGCUGGGGACGUACGAGACGCCGGAGGAGGCGGCGCUGGCGUACGAUAGAGCGGCGUUUGAGCUCCGGGGACCACGAGCUAGGGUUAAUUUCCCUCACCUCGUCGGCGCUGACGUUCCGGCGCCGAUUAGGGUUACGAAACGGCGCCGUUUCAUUCCCGGCGAGCAGUUAUUGUCGUCGCAUUCAUUUUCAAAUUAGUAUAUAUAUAUAUAUAUAUAUAUAUUUUGUUAUGCAUAAAGUAUUAAAGUGCACUUCAUCAGCGAAUAAAAUGUGUGUUUUUAAAUUUGAUGUAUAAUAAUUU